UCCUCUACACAACACACUCUUCAUUCAUCUAUAUCUAUAUCUUCCUAAAAUCAAAACUUCACUUUGAUUGAAAAUCAACAAGAUGCUAGGGAAAAAGAUUGUGUCAAUCAAGAAACUAGCCAAAAAGGUGAAGCUUGUAGGUAGAGUUGACUCUGAUCUUGCUCAAUAUGAGUUGUUGAAGGAAGUUGAAGAAGAAGAAAAACAGCCAAUUGGUAAAAAUAUUGGGUCCAAAAAAGGUGGUGUUUUUGCACUAUAUGUUGGGGAGGAACGAGAGAGACAUGAGGUUCCAACUAGUUACCUUUGUCAUCCCUUAUUCAAGAUGUUGUUGGAGAAAGCAUACAAUGAAUUUGGGUUUCAACAAAGGGAUGGUUUGGUUGUUCCAUGUAGUGUUUCAGCCUUUCAAGAAGUGGUUAAUGCUAUAGAAUGUAACAAUUGUAAGUUUGACAUGGCAAAUAUUUGUGAUGAAUUGGUUUGAAGUAUGUGCUUGUAUCAUACACAGAUAUAGAUGUUGUAAUUAAUGCAUACAUAUGUGCAAGUUUAAUAGAGCUAGCUUUCAGUUUGAUUGAUUGUUGCUGCUACAAAUGGUUUUAAAUUGUAAUUGAUCUGAUAGAUUAAUGAU